UCAUUCAGCUCUUAUGGCUGCAGUUUCUUCGUCUCCUAAGUCGCCGUUCUGCGGCCUCCGUUCCCCCCGUGGCGGCGCCGUCGGCCGCUUCUUCUCGCACGGCUCCAGUAGAACUCUAACAUGUUCUCUCCGCUUCCCUGCUCAACUUGGGCCCCUCUUUUGGCCUUGGGAAAAGGUCAAAAUUGGUCCAUUAACCGUUUCUCCUAUGGGAUUUGGGACAUGGGCUUGGGGUAACCAGCUGCUGUGGGGAUAUAAAGAAGAAAUGGAUGAUUCUCUACGAGAGACAUUCAAUUUGGCUGUGAGAAGUGGGAUCAAUUUUUUUGAUACUGCGGAUUCUUAUGAAACCGGAAGAUUCAAUGGGCGGAGUGAGAUGCUUCUGGGAAAAUUCAUUCGCGAGUAUAAAGGAACAGAUAAAGUUCGAGAUAACAUUGUAAUUGCUACAAAGUUUGCUGCAUACCCUUGGCGCCUCACAUCUGGACAAUUUCUUAGAGCCUGCAAGUCUUCCUUGAAUCGCAUGCAACUUGACCAAAUUGGAGUAGGACAACUGCAUUGGUCAACUGCAAACUAUGCUCCUUUGCAGGAAUUGGCUUUAUGGGAUGGACUUGUUGCAAUGUAUGAGAAGGGUCUAGUUCGUGCAGUUGGUGUUAGCAACUAUGGGCCUAAGCAGCUUCUCAAAAUUCAUGAUUACCUGAAGUCUCGAGGUGUUCCUUUAUGCUCUGCUCAGAUUCAAUUUUCAUUGCUUAGCUUUGGCGAUGAUCAAAUAGAACUGAAAGCACUAUGUGAUUCGUUAGGAAUCCAACUAAUAUCAUAUAGUCCUCUGGGACUUGGUAUGCUCACUGGGAAAUACUCUGCUUCCAAGCUGCCUAGAGGGCCAAGGGCUGUACUAUUUCGCCAGAUUCUUCCACGGCUGGAUCGUUUACUCCAUUCUCUUAGAGGGAUUGCACAAAGGAGGGAUAAGACCAUGUCACAAGUUGCAAUAAACUGGUGCAUCUGCAAAGGAACCAUCCCAAUUCCUGGAGUGAAGUCAGUCAGGCAAGCAGAGGAGAAUUUGGGCUCCCUCGGUUGGCGUCUGAGCUCCGACGAAAUAUCCGAGCUGGAAUCUGCUGCGAGGGACUGUCCUCGAAAGAUGAUUCAGAACAUUUUCCAGACCCAGUAAUCAAAUUCAAAGCUGAUGGGUCAGUUUUGUUAUCUCAUAUAGAAACGGCAAUUUCCAAGUAAGUUGAUCAUUCAAAUGCUGCUCAAAUUUUGUUGUUCUUUCUACUAUAGGAGAUAUUAUCCUAUUUCAAGAAUGUAAAAUCUGUUCAUAACGAUGCCUUUUGUCUCAAUUCCUUGAAAACAUGUUUUUUUUCAUUUCAUGAUAUCAUGCCAACUAAUGCAAAUCUUGCUGGAA